UUAGUUCCUCGUUUGACCGCUAGAGGGCAGGGGAUGUCAUUCAUGGCGAUCCUUGUUGUUCUGUGAGAAUUCCUCGCUCGUCGUCAUGUCUCGCUCUUGUAUUUCUCUUCUCUUCCAGCGAGGAGCUUUGAAAUGGCAUCAGACGUCAACCCAAAACAGCGGUGCUCUGAUGUUUGUUCCUGCUGCUGGCCUAAAAGAUUUCCCUCAUCCACCAGAUUAUAGCAACAUCAUAUUACCGGAAAGAAGAAGAUUGAAGACAGUGGACAAGGUCCCUCAGCUGCCAUCCAACCAACGUCCACCAAAGAUGCCAAGACGCAACUAUUUAAUGAGAGGACCGGAAUUGGUUCAUAAUAAACUCCAGUACGGUGACUUUGGCAUUCAGGCAUUGACCGGUGGUCGAAUGAGAUGGGGUCAUUACGAAGUGUUGCGACUGGGCAUUCUCCGGAAAUUUGACGAAAGUCGAAUGUUUGCUGUGUGGCGGAUUGACCCUCCGUGGAAACCAAUGACCAAGAAGGGACAAGGCCAUCGUAUGGGGGGUGGCAAGGGCUCGAUAUCCCAUUACGUUACCCCGGUGCGUGCCGGGCGUAUCAUCAUCGAAGUUGGUGGCAAGUGCGAGUUCUCAGACGUGAAAGGCUUUUUGUCGAAUUUGGCGCAUCUGAUGCCGUUCCCAGCCAGAGCCGUUUCCAAGCAAAUGUUGGAAGAAGAAAGACAACAAGAAAUUGAAAAAGAAGAAAGAAACGUGAACCCUUUUAGUUUUGAAUAUUGUGUGAAAAACAACAUUUAUGGUUGUCGAGCGAAUUUAUCCAAAUAUGCAAUGUUGUGGUAUGGAAAAUACAGGUGAUUCGUUUGCUAUAAAAUCUUUAUAAAACCUUAAUUACAAUUU